UUCCUGAAAAGGCUUCCUCUAGAACUAUCCAACAAACUUCUUUUGCAUCUCUAGCAAUCUCCUUCUUCUUGUAUUCUUCUUCUCAAGUUUUUACACACAUAUAUGGAGGACUCUAUGAGAAAACUUGUCUCAUCCUCUUGUAAUGAGAGAACUUGCUUUGUUGGUGAUGAUUAUAUUGAUGAUGGUGAAGAUGAUCAUAGUUUUGAUGAAGAUAGUGGUUGGACUAUGUACCUUGAUGAUUUCUUUGCCAAAAACAACAACAACAAGAAGCAGAGCAGCAUUAAUGGUGAAAAUAGUUGUUUCCCUUAUGAUAAUGAAACUACUUCUUCUCUAGUCUCGGAUGCUGCUUCUUUGGUUAUGAAGAAGAACAAUUCUGUUGAUAAUGAUAACGAUAAACAAGAAGCAGCUGCAGCUAUUGACAGCAGAUUUAGUUACAGUAGGUUGAGUUUCAAGAAGAGAAAAACCAAAGGACCUUUGAUUGCUGAUGAUGCUUUGGAGGACACUGCUAGUUCUCCUGUCAAUAGUCCCAAGGUUUAUGAUCUGAUGAUGAUGAACCAGUUAAACAAGAGCACAAAACAGAGACAAAACAUGGACAUUUCAUCACCAUCACUGCAGGAAAAAGGAAGAGGCUCCACAAGGCAGAUAGAAGAUAAAAGUGAGGAUUUGAGUUAUAUUGGGAGAGAAAGUGACAGCACAGAACUGAGGAAAAGGGGUCUUUGUUUAGUUCCUUUGUCUAUGGUAGUGAAUUAUUUUGGUUGAUUUUUAAUUAGAUUUUAUCUCUUUCUCUAUCUGUGUCUCUCCAUCUAUAUAUCCAUGGAUGGAACACUACGUGUGGCAUUGCAAUUGGCAUGCAGAAAUAUUUGUAUCGAUGGGAUCAAGACCCAUCAAAAUCUGCAGCAGCAUUUUAAAUAUGAAUGUACAUUUCAUACAAAAUUGUUUCUAAUGAUCCCUGUUGCUUUGUUAGGGUUAAUUAAUUUAUUUUUAGUAUGA